GUUCUUUUUCUUAAUUGCAAUAAGAUACCUUAAUUCGCGAUCACUGAAGCGGUUUAGUUUCCAAAAUUACUACUAAAAUUUCAGCUAUAAAGCACGAAUUUUGUUGCAGAAAUUCGAGUGCAUUUUCCCCGAGAGCAGUAGACCCCUUGAGUGUGCGCCUAUAAAUUGGCUGUCAAAUCCUACUAAACAAUUCAGUAGUGUUCAGUUCGCAGCAGUGCAUUUUCAGCUGAGAUUUUCACGCACUUCUGCAGGGGGAUGGACGGAAAUGAGGGCAGGAGCGCGGACGACAAGUACGUGUUAUUUAAACAGGACGACUUGUUUGCAGAGAGUUUCCCUCUGAUGCGAGAGAUUCGGCGCCAAGGAAAGCUCUGCGAUGUGACACUGAAGGUGGAGGAUCACUCCUUCUCGGCGCACAGGAUCGUCUUGAGUGCCACGAUUCCCUACUUCUAUGCCAUGUUCACAAAUAACAUGGCCGAGAGUCGCAUCAAGGAGAUCACGAUGAAGGAAAUCGAGCCACAGGCCCUCGAGAGUCUGAUCAACUUCGCCUACAGCGGCACCGUGAAGAUCGACAGCCAGAACGUGCAAGGCUUGAUGGUGGGCGCGUCGUUUCUGCAGCUGAACAAAGUCCGGGACGCGUGCGCGGACUUCCUCAUCUCCAAGUUCUCCGCCCACAACGUCCUGGGCAUCCGCUACUUCGCCGACUCUCUCAGCUGUCAGCACCUGCUCUCCGCGGCGGACAAGUUCAUUCAUCAGUACUUCUACCUCGUGGCGGAUUCCGACGAGUUCCUCACGCUGAGCUUCGAGGAGCUGAUCGACCUGGUGCGUCGCGAUGAGCUCAACGUGCCCUCGGAGGAGAAGAUCUUCGAGGCGUGCAUGCGGUGGGUGAAGCACGACAGCGGCCGGACGGGGUAUCUGCCGCGCGUGCUGGCCAACGUGCGUCUCCCUUUGCUCUCGCCCCAGUUCCUCGCCGACCACGUGGCCACGGAGGAGCUAAUCAAGACCUCUCACCAGUGCCGCGACCUGGUGGAUGAGGCGAAGGAUUGCCACCUGAUGCCGGAGAGGCGGGCGCUGGUGCAGAGCUACAGAACGACGCAGCGCCACUACAGCGCCGUGGGGCACAUCUACGCCGUGGGCGGCCUCACGAAGUCCGGGGAGUCUGUGAGCACGUGCGAAAUCUACAACCCGAUCAAGCAGGAGUGGACGAUGGGCGAGCCCAUGUCGAUGCUGCGCUCGCGGGUCGGCGUGGCCGUGACGGGCGGCAGGCUGUACGCCUUCGGGGGCUUCAACGGCACCGAGAGGCUCUCCACGGUGGAGAUCUACGACCGGAAGCUGCAGAAGUGGACGCAAGGCCGCUCCAUGUUGUGCAAACGGAGCGCCGUCGGUGUAGCUGCCCUCAAUGACUUGGUGUACGUGUGCGGCGGCUAUGACGGCGUUACAUCACUCAACACAGUUGAGUGCUACAACCCGAAGAGCGACACUUGGACCACCGUGGCGCCGAUGAUGAAGUACAGGUCGGCGGGCGGCGUGGCCCCACUCGGACAGUACAUCUACGCCCUGGGCGGUCACGAUGGUCUAUCGAUAUUCGACUCGGUGGAGCGCUAUGAUCCGGCGACGAAUACGUGGACCAGAGUCAAGCCGAUGCUGAAUCGCCGGUGUCGCCUUGGCGUCGCGACGCUCAACAACAAGCUGUACGCGUGUGGUGGCUAUGACGGCAACACCUUCCUCAGCUCCGUGGAGGUGUAUGAUCCCGCCAAGGACACGUGGAAGCCGGUGGCGUCGAUGAACAUGAAGCGCAGCCGGGUGGCGCUGUGUGCCAACAUGGGCAAGCUGUGGGCUAUCGGGGGCUACAAUGGGGAGUCGAACCUCAUGUCGAUGGAGAUCUACUGCCCGGAGAAGGACUCGUGGGUCUUCGAUGCCCCCAUGUGCGCCCACGGGGGCGGCGUGGGCGUGGGCGUGCUGCCCAUGCCCUGAACCCUUUCUUGCUCCAAAUGUGAUGAUUUUAGGACUUUAUUUACCUACUCUACGCGAUAAGUUUGUCACAAAAUGAUAUGAGAUUAAGGUCAGUGGCCCAAUUUUUUUUAUUUUACCAUCCCUCAUGGGACCUGUGUUCAUCGCCGAUGCUGAAAGCUUUCUCAUUUUCAAAACCCUUUCUCUGAAGUGUGCGCGCGUGUGUGUCUCACUGUUGAGAGAUGAAGUAAGAUUGCAACUCCUAGUUUUAUGAUGAACUGUGUUUAUUUAGUUUGAUAAUUUUGUAGGAGGAGAAUAUAUUAUUUGAGAUAGCA